AUGUCCAACCAACUCGCGAUCCCGUUCAAGAAAACGUGGCCCCUCGAGCUGCGCGCCGCCGUGCGCGCGUACAUCGCCGCGAACCACCCGGAGACGCACCCGGACGCGUUCCAGUGGGAUGUUGAGCGAUGGGAGACGUUGCGCGCGCAGGCGAUGCCGGGAACUGUUCAUAUAGACAAGGUCGACCCCUAUAUACAGUACCAUGCUCAACUCGUGUUCAUCCUCACGAAGCUACCUCCUGCCAUCGGACUCGAGGUCCACUACGCCAGCGCCUUCGCGAAGCCUGACAUGGUCCCGCUCGCGCUCAACAAUCUCCUCCUCGAGCGCGCCGCCGUCGUGUUCAAUCUCGCCGCUCUCUACUCCCAGCUCGCCACACGCGAGGAUCGUACGAGUGGGGACGGAAUCCGGCGCGCCAGUGCGCUCUACCAGAACGCAGCAGGCACGCUGGAGUAUCUGGCUAACGCUGCGCUACCCAAGCUUCAGGAAUCAUUCGUGCCGGGCGAAGACCAGCCGAUCGACUUGGCAAAUGCGUCCGUGGAGAGCAUGCGGUGGCUAAUGCUCGCCCAGGCACAGGAGUGCAGCUGGCAACGAGCGACUACCGAUUCGAACUACAAGGAUGCGUUGAUCGCCAGGCUGGCAAUGGCGGUAUCCUCGUUCUAUGGAUCCGCGGCGUCUGCCCUUCGGAACGCGUCUUUCGAGGUGCAAAGCGCAUUCCCAUCCAACUGGUUGGCGUAUCUUGACGCGAAACGCGCGCACUUCGAGGCGGCGGCGCAGUAUCGCAAGGGCCAAGAUGACGCAAACCGGUCGCGGUUCGGCGAGCAGGUCGCCCGCCUGCGUUUCGCAAAGGCCACAGCUCAAGCGGCGUAUGAUACUGCCCGACGCGGUGGCGUGGCCAGUGCUGUAUUCAAUGAUGCUAAGUCGCUCCUCGACAAACUGACAAAGGAGCUCCCGCUCGCCGAACGAGACAACGACUACAUCUAUCACAAUGAUGUGCCGGACAUGUCCGCGCUUCCGGCGCCCGCUCCGGCUUCGAUCGUGCAGCCGAUCGUUCCACCUCUACUGCAGGAUCCAAAGAAGGCGGUCGGUGAGGGGCGGGUUGUGCUUGGGGAGCUUCUGGCGUGGGGCGCGAAGGAGGCUCUCAAUAUAUAUCAGCAUAGGCGGGAUGACUGGGUUGAGGAGGAGGUGCUGCAGAAGGCGGAAGAACUCGAUCGCGUCGCGGACAGUACGCUGCUCGCACUGAAUUUGCCGGCAACGCUUGACGCGCUCGACAGGCCGGUCGGGCUGCCGCCUAGCUUGCUCGCGCAGGUGGAUGAGGUGAGGCAGGAUGACGGGCCUGCGCGGGUGGAGGCGAUGAUCGUAGACGUGCGGCGGCUCGCGCGGCAGAACGAGAAGAUACUCGACGAGGCGAUGGAGGUCCUCGAUCAGGAAGCCGAGGAUGACGAAGAAGCGAGGAAAGAUUACGCUGGCGAGCCGCCUUGGCCGACGUCGUACGAGGCGAACGCGCCGCUCGUGGGCAAGGAAGCGAGGUAUCGUGCGGUGCUGGUCAAGGCGGCGGAUUCGGACGCGGAGGUGAGGAGGAAGUGGGAGGAGUGGGAGGAUGCCGUGAGGCGGCUUACAUGGGACGACGCUGAGCUAGAGGCGUAUGUGCCGUCGUCGACGGGAGCGGCAGUUGGGGACGGUCGCGGAACGCGGGCGGCGGCGCGCGAGGUGCGCGUGUUGCUUGAGUCGCUCGAUGAUCUGCGGCGGGAUAGGGCGGCGAUCGUGAGGCGGACGAAGGUGGCCGUGGAGAUGGAUGAUAUCCGGCCGCGCAUAUUGAGGGCGGCGGCAAACAUUGAGAGGUGGGCGGAGGUGCGGCCGGCAAUGUUUGAGGACGUGUUGGAGGAGGAGAUGCGCAAGUUUGAGAGGUUUGCGGAGGACCUGACUGGGCAGGCGCGCGAGCAGGGCGAGAUGCUGGAGGUGUUAAAGCGCAAGAAUGAGGUGUUCUUGUUGUCCAGGGUCGAUGACCCGUCCGUGAAGGAGCGCGAACGCGGGCUACAAUCGCUCGGACUCGCGUACCACAAGUAUAAGGAGAUCAUGCGGAACUUGGAGGAGGGUCUGAAGUUUUACAAUGAUCUUGGGGGUCUCCUCAGCAAGUUCAGAGAGUCGUGCGGAGAGUUCGCUCGUGAGAGGCGAGCGAAUAUUGAACAUCUGCCGCACUCCAUGCAGAGUAUGUCGCUGCGAGAUGGAUCCGCCAGCUCGGCCCGUGCAAAGGGGGGGAUGAAGGAGCUUCCCGCAGCAGCCAAUGCGACCGCGUCUAGCCCUCCCAGACUACCCGACGUUCCAGCUGCCACUCCGCAGAGGAGCAAGGGGGAGACGCUCAACUUGGCGCUGCCGCCGCCAAACUCGGAUGACUGGGAGACAUCGGAUUCGUGGAAGCCGAGGGCGCCGAACCAGCCCAAGCAAGAGAAAGAGAAGAUGUCCCGGAAAGCGAUGCCAGCAUGACGGGAAAUGGCCCUCGUCGAUGGUAUGUAUACUUCAAACGUACCUACUGUCAGAGCGUCGCGAGCUAUGAGAGCGUUCGUCCAAUGAUGAAAUGGCCAAUGAAUUAUAUUCGGUAUGUUUGCUGCCUCGCUCAAGAGGGAAAGCAAAACGGCUGGUUAGCGUGCAUUACCAAUUACAAUACCG